AUGUCCAAUAACGAAGCUCAUAUAGCCCUCGAAGACAAAGCACAACCCCGGUCCUCGCGGUCCUCCGGACGCAGAGGCGGCCGCGGUGGCGGCAGAUCAGAGGGCCGUGAAGUCCAAAUCUCCAAAGCGCUCUCCAAACUACUGAGACAUCAGGCUGAGAAUGCGGGCAUCAAGCUCGACGACGAGGGGUUCGCACCCCUAGACCGCGUGCUAGCAUGGGGUCCUAUCAAAUCCCUGUCGCCUGAUCUCGCAGAAAUCAAGGACAUUGUUGAAACGAACGCCAAAAAACGAUUCACUCUCAAACCUACUGACCCGUCUGUAUCUGAACCAGCUACUGCUUCAGGGUAUCUCAUCCGCGCGAACCAGGGCCACUCCAUCAAAGUCGAUGAGACGGCGUUAUUCAAGCCCAUCCAAGUAGGCGACGAGGAUUUUCCGCAAAAGGUAGUCCACGGUACGUAUUUUGCGUUCUGGAAGGCGAUUCUUGAGACGGGGGGCUUGAAGCCCAUGACGAGGGGGCACAUUCACUGUUCGGAUAAGACGCCUGAGGAGGGGGCCGUGAGUGGGAUGAGGAAAGAUGCGGAGUUGUUGGUUGAGAUUGAUAUCGAGGGGAGUUUGAGGGACGGCGUGACGUGGUGGAGGAGUGACAAUGGGGUUCUUCUGACGGAUGGGGGGGAGGGAGGAGUUCUAGGGACGAGGUAUUUCAAGUUGGUGACGAGUAGGACUGUUGAUGUGGGUGUUUUGUGGGAGGACGGGGUGAAAGUUGCUGAUUUGCCGGCGGGUUUGAAGUUUAGAGUGCCGUCGGGUAAGAGGGCUGGAGGGAGUGGUAAGAGGUCAUGA